AUGCCUCACCAUCACCAAAGGAAAAUCGAAAACUAUUCAAAGAUGGCUGAGCCAACGCGUGCAGUUGACGACAUGUUACAGUCUGAGCCUACGCCUGAUUGGCGUAAAGGAAGGAAACAUUGGGGAAUAGCAUGGGAGUUACACUGGAUUGGAUUUGGUCUUGCAUUCAGUAUCUUGGCAGUUUUUUCUCUCUUUUCCUUGAUCCAAGCCAGAAAGAAAAGAGGAUUUGGACGAAAGCCCUUCGUGAUCGCUGUGAACUCCUUGUUGUUGUUUUUCGGUGUCACCCGGGCUUCUUACCUUUUGAUAGAUCCCUAUGGAUCACAGCAGAAUGGUAUCGAGGUUCCAUUAUGGUUUUUACAAUUCCUUUUUAACAUCGCUUUCCCUUGCCUGACCUCGGCUUUCAGUUUGAUCUUUUUGGCUUUUCUUGAAGUUUCAAAAUUGCAGUUGGUGCCGAACAAGUUACAGAAUAUUUACUUACUCGGUUCAAUCAUAACGUUUCACUUUGCCUUAGUCCUUGCUGGAGAUAUUGCCUCGGCAGUGGACGCCGAUAUUAUCAUUUUAUUACUCAUUUGCCAAGUUUUUAUUAUUGUUUGGGGAUUUCUUCUUUCCGCCAGCUUUAUCUACAGUGGGUUCAAAGUUAUACAUCAAGUGAGAAAUGUCGAGAAACGCCUGCAACUACAGAACAGAGCGAAUACAUCCAAAGUUGCAAAAGUCACAAUUGGUACAAGCAUCUUAGGAAUCGCGAGCAGCAUUUUACAAUUAUAUUCGCUGGUCAGUGUUUACAAAUUCUAUGCUAAGAUUCAGGAGCCUGAUGCGUGGAUGUGGUGGACGUUUCAAACCUGUGCUCGCCUUGUUGAAAUUGCCAUGGCCUGCACACUCACAUACAGUGUAAGAAGACCUUCCGAAAAUAAACGCUCCGCCAGUGUCAGAAGAAAACUUACAGUGACAGAAACAGUGUGACGAGAUAGAAAAGGAAUGGUAAGGACGCCAGAACUCUUUGAGAAGCAAGCUUACAUGUAAUCCACAAGAUGUGGGAUUUAUUUGGAAAGAUUUACGUUUUCCAAGGAAAGCUCAAAGUGAAUUAAAAGUCGUACCGAAGGAAACUGAAGUGCGCUAGUGCUUUUCCGAAGAUAAAUUGUUCCCACGGAUCUACCGAACCGUAAAAAGAGAGAGCGGAAAUAUAUUUACCUCAUUCGCCCGGCAAAGCUGACAUCGGCCAAAGCGGUACCUUGUCAAACUCUCCAAUUACCUCAGUUUGUCCUUUACCCGAACUAAAUCAAAAACACAACAUCUGUGUACUCUAUGAUAGCACAAACAACUAUAGACUAUGGAAGCUGAAUGUAGAAAAUUUAUUCGCUACUGACAAAAUGGCGGCGGGUCGCUAAUUCAAAAAAAUUAGGUGGAGAAGGCAGAGAGCUAGUUUUCUACAAAUGGCAGGAUCUGUUCUCUUUUUCUCUAUUUUGUCUUUAAUUUUGCUUCAUUUUUUUCCUUUUUUUUAUUAUUUUUAUCUUUUUUUUUAAUGUGGUUUUCAUGUUACAUAACUCUUGUUGCGGUGUCACGUGCAGGGUGCCAGGAUGCCGCGAAACGAAUAUAUUUAAUAACUGUAUUUUUCCGGAAAUGUAUCUUCCCCGCCCGCUCUUUUGUUAUACUUGUUAAGACAAACAGAAUUAGAGUAGACGGCAAAGGAAAUCUUUUGUUUCCGAGAGAGCUAUUGAAUUUAUAGAGUCAAUAUGCUAACACAUCUGUAGCAACGAAUAUUACUUUUCAUUGGUUUGAUAUUUAGGGUUUUUUUGAUGGGAGGGAAAAUAGAAGACGUGUCUCGCUUGCAUAACCAGAAUUACACGUGAAGACACGCGUGCGAUUAUAAACUGAACCCUUUUACGCCCUAAAAUCAGUAUGCAUAUUCUCCAUACUGUUUCCAAUACAUUGCCUGAGGCACUGAAGAGGAGAAUUUGUUAAAAAAUCUAAAGCUUCUCCAGGGGUGAAAGGGUCACGGAGAGAUGCUUCUCCUGAUUUGGCAAACUUUCUGUCAACUCGAUCGGGAACGAAAAAAUAUUGGUUCUGUUAGAAAAUCAUUGGGAGGCAAUAGUGUGGCAAGAAGGAAAAAACAUGGCUAGGAAUGGGAUGUAAAUGAUUAAAACUGUGAAGUUACCAUUCCUUUAAUGAUGUUAUGAAAAUUAUAGUAAUAGGAUCGGAUCGUAAAAUAAGAAGUCGAAUUAGGUAAAGACUUCAAAAGAGGCACAUAAAUCUAAAGGUAAUGUUAUGAUGGUGUUUAUUAAAACGACUGAAAUUUAAAAGACUCUGAGCUGUUUCAAGUGGGUUGCUUCGACAAAAAAUAGUUUAUUCGUUGAACGCCGCGGGCGAUCUAAGUGUGACACUUUCUAUAAAUAUUGUUAUUCUUUAAGUCUGGGAAGCCGGCAUGCAAUGCAAUUUGAGAAAAGAAUUAGUUGCGACGAAGCUCUGUUGGCUAUAGUAAUAUGGUCUUUUUCUCUAUUUCCCCAUUUGCUAAGCAAUGAAAAUGCGUGUUUUUAGGUGACUCGCGUUCGUUUCGGUCUCUUAGUUUCACCUUUUCAGUCUCACGCUACGUCAUUGCAUUGUGAAGCUUAAAAGCUGAAAAUAAAUCGCUAGAUCAAUGAGGUAAAUAUCAAAGAAGAAACCAAAAAUAAUAAGGAUGCCAUCUUUGGUAUUUACCUUGGCAAGGUACAAGAGUCUUAACAUGGAUUUCAGACGGCGAACUUAAAUAAAUUUUGGCUGAAUGUUUCACCUGUUUUUACCUUUUCUUGAGAGGGAUAGUCUGAAAGAAUCUUUGGCCGUGGCGAAGAAGAACAGAAUUAGCCUAAAAAUGCUAGGAUUAUUCGAGAUCUCCGCCAAAAAAAAUUGUUCCAUACACUUUCGAGGAUUGAGAAAGUUAUAGACUUGUGAUAAUCAUGGAUUAGUAGAGUACGUUUGGUCAAGCUUAGGAAUGAAUAGAUUUGACUGAGCGUAAACAAAAUCAAAAGUUAAAUUGCAAUUUUUCUACGUGUCUUCCCAUGACGUCCAGACCGAAGCGGGCCAACCCGCGGGACCACACUCGCCGGCGAAGUUCAAAGGUUUCGCAUGAAAUCGAGGCGAGUGGUCAGCCAUUCCAGGAUGGCGCCCAAACUUUGAGAUCAAAUAGCAUCCAGAAAGAAUUGACACGAUCGAUAUGCGUCGUCUCAACGUUGAAUGCAACUGAGGGAUAUGUCCUCGAUUACACGUACACUAAGUGUCCAGGAAGAGCCAAUAAACAAAUGCACAAUUGUCAAUUGAGAGAACUUUUUAUCAGAACUUGAAAGUGCUUAGAGACGAUGAAUUUGAACAAAUCAGAUCUAAAUUUUUUAAGACCGUCAAUUCUUCUCCCUCCCCUCCCCCCUAUGUCAUUUCCCCCGCCCCACUUAUGUGGGUGAGUGGGUUCAUACAACUUUCUCAUUGCACAGAACGCAUAGAGGAAAGUCUUUUCAAUGACUACUGAUUCGCAUGCCUAACUUUUAACGAUAACGUGUAGGUAGAUAAAUUAGAAUCCGUCGACACCGCGCCACUUUAUAAGGAUAUCAUUUACUUGUGAUGCUUUUCAAUUCUAAACUCAUGGGUGGCAUCGGCAUUGUGAGUCAGUGUUUUCAGCUGUCUCUUUUGCAAGGCUGUGACAGCUAUCAAAGUAAAAAUGAUUAUUUCAAUUAGAGUGACCCUUUCUAUUUCAUACAUUUUUCCACCAAAGACUAUUCUCAAAAUGGCUUUUUUGUGUGUAUUCAGGAUCAGUUACCUGGUAUGGUUUUGGACAAUACGCAAUUAGCAUAGAUAAUGUCAUUUUCUCUGAUUUGAUUGAGUCAUAUCCUGGUCAGUCUAUAUCACUUAAGUCUGUCAAGAAUAAUUUGAUUUUGCCUCAGUAAGAAGCUUCCUUGAUUUAAAAGGGCACAAAGGAGUCCAAUUUAUAAUUUCUAGUUGUGUUCGGCCUUUGAUUACUGUUAUUUAUCAUUCCUGUUUUUCUUUUUCAAUUCUUCAGUUUUCCUUAUCUUUUCACUCACCAAUUAUUACUGGUAAUGAAAUUUCUUGGAUGGGGCUUAUGUUAUUAGACAUAGAUAUAACUCGAGAUUUGACGACUAAAAGCUAUUCUGAAUCUUCUAAAACAUUUUCAGAAACAAUUUACGAACAAAAAAAAUAUUUGUGACCGACCCUUCAUCAAUUUCCUAAUUUUAAGGAUAUUUUUCAUUUUAGAUAGGUAAUAAUUUCAACUUAUCUAUUUAAAUUAGUUUUUUUUUAAUUCAUCAAUUUGAAACGGAAGUUUGAAGUGUCGCAGGCAGGCAAAAUUUUUUUGGCUUAAGGUCAAUCAUAGCUUUAACUCUCAUUUUCUCCUCAAGAGUCUUAGCUUUCCUAUAAUUAACCUGUGUCAUUGUAAUUCAUUAGUCGACCGAUAAUUCUUAGCCGAUCUUCCUUUGACGACAAUUUUCAAUGGCUUCAAGCCAUUGGAAAUUAUUCAAACCGCGUCCUAAAUUUUUUGUAUAAUGACCAAAUUUCCAUUAGGGGUAUUAAUUUAAGAAGCAGGUGGGAAAUAUCAAUUACGACAAAGUCAUUUCGCAGCUUGCAGUUAGUCGUUACUCAAGGUUUGCCUAUUUACAAAAGGUUUUGAAACCGGUUGGAAAUUAUAUGCGAUAUUUACUUAGAAACAAAACUGUGCAAACUAGCUUUUGACAGUUUUUGUUCCUCAUUUCUUUUUAGCAUUUGGUUUUGCGUGGGCAAGUCCAUCAUGGAAAAAGCAUAUUUUCAACUCAAAGCAAAGCAGUUUUGUCGUUAAUUGUAUGGCUUGGCGGUGACUAACCAGAUUAAUUGGAAUUAUCUUCGAACAGACCACUCCAAGUCUCCUUAAUCUGCAUCUUUCAGUGCCAAUAUCGGUAAGAAGUGGGUGAUUCGGUUAAAACUGCACCUUGCAUUUGAUUUUAAGCUGUAUUCAAAGUAUUAAUUUUAUUUAUUUUAUCGCCUUCAAGACUGCUAUGGCCCUGGAAAAUACUUUUGCGGUAUUCUGA